AUGACAUCAGAUGGCUCAGGCGAUGGGCCUUCAAUCACAAGCCCAGGGCUAACCAGUACCAGUCGCGAGGUUGGCCCUUAUGUUCUCAGGACUUUAUUAGAUGAGGUGCCACUAUCUGCAGACGGCUCCAAAGAUGAUAUCAAGAUCAACUGUGUAGACUAUCUAGAUGCGAAUCUGUACGUUGGCACAUCUGCCUCCGAGCUGCUUCACUUCGUACAAAUUCCACCAGACCCAAACGAUCCAUCCGGGCAACCCGUUUAUAUCCUCGCAUCUCGACUAUGUCCUCAAUAUGUCGAAACUCCAGGCACUCCGAGCUCGCGACCCGGCGUUCAGCAAAUCCUCCUACUCCCUCGUGUCGGCAAAGCAUGUAUCCUUUGCAAUUGGACCGUCACUUUCUAUUCCCUUCCCGAACUCAGCCCUGUUUUUGGAACAACUCUAGUCAAGAACUGCAGUUGGAUAGGCGGCAUUGAUUUGAAUGAGCCCUUGCUCGACGAUGGAAGUGCAGAGAGGAGUGGAGGUGUCACUAUACUCCUCUCUCUUAUGCGAAAGAUCCAGGUCGUGCGUGUCGGCGAGGACGCGCGCGCUUUCAAGAAAAUCGACUUCUCUGGAAGCACCCUGUCAGUCCGUAGAGACUCAAUCGCUUGUGUGGCAGACUCUAAGUCGUAUGCGCUUAUCGAUGUGGAACAACAGCUCAAGAUCCCCUUGAUGAGCAUUUCAUCCUUGGAAGAAACAACCUCACCCAGUGAAAUUGGACAUGCUCAAAGUAUUGGAGCGGAUACAACAAGUGGGCUGCUCCGAAGCUCCUCUUCUACCGGAAAUCGCACGUCUAGCGAAGCCCCAAGCCACAGUCGGAGCACGAGCUUGGGGGGCUCAAUAUUGGAUAGUAUCCGUCGACAAGAUCCUCGUGGCAACGAGGGUGAGGAUUUCUUUGGCCGCAACACCUCGCCGCAGCCGUCUAUAAGCCCCAGGCCAUCGAUUGAGAGAGCUUCAACACCAAAUCCUCCUUCGCUCGAUAAACCUCUCCCAGCUGCCCCUUCACCAUCAGGCACACCUUCUCAGUCUACUGACCCUCGACCAAGGCCUGGAUCCAUCUUUCUAAAGCCUCACAUCACUUCUCCGACUCCUGACGAAUUCCUGAUUGUUACUGGAACUGACCCCCUGGAGCCGGGAAUCGGCAUGUUUGUGAAUCUGGAUGGCGAUCCUACGAGGCCUACUCUUGAGUUUACCAGAUACCCCAAGGAAGUUGUCGUAGAUAGCCCGCCUUUAGAACUUAACUCAUCACAGCCAUCUUCAAUGCAGGAAGAAGAUGGGUAUGUUCUGGCCUCGAUGACGAGAGAAAAGGACAGCUUGGAAUAUGGACUAGAGAUCCAAAGAUUUGACGCGGGCUCAGAUCCAAACCCACAGAAAUUCUGGUUGACAGCUAGAGAGGCUGAUGGAGUCUACGGCAUUCGUUCGCUUGCUGGCAGCGAAGAAACGCGAUUCGAUGAGAUUGUUCAGAAGUUGUCGCAAAGGCGAUACACUCCUUUCUCUGUUUCAAUAUCGCCUGGCACCCCUGAUCCUUCAACUUCAGCUAAGACACCAGACGCGAGAACAGCGCUGUCAAUAGAACACCUCUCGAAAGAGAAGGAACUUUUUGACAGAAACAUUGACUCGCAAGACGAAGAAUCAUUGCCAGAAGAGUGGGAGGCAAAUCGCAAUGCAGAGGGCGAGGAAUUUGCUCGACAACUUGCCAAGGCUCAGGCAAGGUUGGCAGUCUGGAGUGGAAGCCGCAUCUGGUGGGCUAUACGCAAUCCUUUACUUAUACAACUUGAUGCCGCCUUGGAAGCAGCUUGUGUGGGAGAUGUUUUCAGCCCUGCCGAGCUUGACAGACAGGCAAUAUUCACCACUAUCAACUCUAUCAGGGGUCGAGAACCGCAAAGCGAGUUGGAAUUUAUGACUUAUGGAUAUAUACGGCAGAAAGCUGGCAUCUUGCUUUUGACGAACUUGCUGAAGUCUCCUGAAGAUAGGCAGUUUACAGAAAAAGAUGUCAAAGCUCUUGAAGAAGUGCUGAUCGAGAGUGGUCUUGACCCUCGAGUGGUCCUUUCCCUGAUUCCCAGCGUUCGAAACGAGAUAAUAGAAGGCUCACGUGGGAUCUGGAUAUAUGGCGGCGUCAGAAGAACCGCCGAUGCUUACCUCAGAAGCAGGGAGUUUCAGAUGACAUCUAAGGACAGUAUUGGGACACUGGAGCCGAGGACGAUGCACUUUCUUCGAAGAUUUCUUGGAACAUGGCGCAAGAAGAAAGGUUUCGGCAGUGUGGCCGACGAGAGAGAGGUGUUUCACACAGUUGAUGCGGCGCUGCUGCUCGUGCUUCUCGAGAUUGACCAACACUCACCUAAGGGGUUGGGCAAGGGAGGCGUCGUGAGAUCCGAGCUAUACGAGAUUGUGGAUAAGGGCGUUGACUGCUUUGACCGCGCAGUAGAUUUACUCGAAGCAUACCAUCGACUCUUCGUGCUAAGUCGCCUGUACCAGAGCCGGAAACUUUCAGGAGAUGUUCUGUCCACUUGGAGGCGGAUUAUCGAAGGCCAGCAGGACGUAGGACAGGAACUCCGUGAAGGAGAACAGCGAGUUCGUGAGUAUCUGACCAAGAUCGGCAGCCAGGCCCUUGUCCAAGAAUAUGGUGUGUGGCUUGCAAAUCGCAAUCCAAAGCUUGGUGUCCAAGUUUUUACUGAAGACAAGGGACGAGCACCCAAAUUUGAGCCAGCGCAAGCCGUUGCAAUCUUACGAGAGGAGGCACCUGAUGCAGUUAAGUAUUACCUCGAACAUUUGGUUUUUGGCAAGGGCCAUACCACGUAUAUCAACGACCUGAUGGCGUACUACCUCGACGUGGUUGUUCAUGAUCUGGAGUCAUCUGAGGAGAGCCGAACUUUGGUCAGAGCGACAUAUGAGGCAUACCGCGCUUUACAGCCUCCUAAGCCUGCAUACAGUCACUUCCUUCGGGACAACGCGCCGGACGACAACGAGGUCUGGCACAGCCGUUUGAGGCUACUUCAACUCUUAGGCGAAGCCAAUGAUUAUGAUGCAGUAGCAAUAAGAGAUCGAAUCUCGAGACUGCCAGAUGAUCUUUUGGUGCCCGAGACCAUCAUACUUGCUGGCCGAGAAUGCAAACACGACGACGCCCUCCGCCUUCUGGUCCACAACCUGGGCGACUAUGACACCGCAGUGUCAUAUUGCCUUCGAGGCGGUGCGAGCACAACAGGUGAUGCUCCCUCCCAAAGGCCAUCAUUUGAGGAACAACGUCGCCUGUUUAACGUCGUCCUCCAUGAGUUGCUCGCUCUUGAAAACAUCAGCGAUCGUGUGGAGCAGACUGGAGCGCUCCUGGAGCGGUUUGGCGGCUGGUUCGAGAUUGACGACGUACUCAGUCUUAUCCCUGAUGAUUGGUCUGUGGACAUUAUUGCAGGCUUCUUAGUUGGGGCACUUAAGCGUCUUGUGGGAGAGCGGCACGAAACGAUGCUGACCCGCGCCCUGAGCGGAGCGCAAAACUUGCGCGUAAGCUACGAUCGCGUUGCCAAGAUUGAUGAAAAGGGGCCAAGCAUUGAAGCAUCGAACUAA